GGCUCUAGGUUCACAGCCGGCUCAACCCAAAAAAAUCGAGAGUCUUCUCUCUCUAAACCACAGCCAGCUCUAGGUUCACCAGCCGGCUUAACCUGCAGACGACCCGACUCGGACCCGCUCUUCAGCCGGCUCUGCAAUUAUAGUCGGCUCUCCUGCAAAUUUUUAAGGCUCGGGUUUCUCUCUCUCCUCGCACAAACCAGUCAGAUCUGUUUCAUUUUCUCACCCAAACCCACGACCUCUCCUCUCCCAAAACUCGCCAUUCACUCUCCCAAACACCCAAAUCCUUCCAAAUCUCCAAAACCCAUCCCUUAAACACUCAAAUACCAUCAAAUCCUUGCCUACCCAACACAAAACCUCAAGCUUUUCACUUAAAUUUGUGUGGGAUCUGUUGUAUUUUUGGUGUGGCUGGUAUUUUUGUUGAGAUUUCUCUCUCAUGGCUUCAAGAAGGGGCGGAAGCAAGAGGAAACAGAUUGAGAGUUCUAGUGCCGGUGGCCAAGCCCAAGAAGAAGGUAACCUCGUUGAUAAUGCUCUGUUUGUGGAUGAUGAUGCCAUUAAUCGCUAUAAUUUUUUCAAAAACUUGGCUGUGCUACCAUGCAAUUGUGUGAAAUUCAGUCAACUUCCUCAAGGAGAUAUGCGUGAUAUACCUGAAGGACGAGAUGAUGAGUUUCUAGAUGUGAAUCAUGCUUUAGUUAGAGCCACAAUUGCCCCCAAUUGCACUAAAAAUCAAAUUAAAGUGGGGUUUCUUACACCAGAGAAUAGAGCAUUGCAGUGGAUUAUAUCUCGCAUUAUUGCUCAGAGGAAGGGUUCUAAAUCUUAUGUUCUUGCUAGUGAUCUUCCCUGGUUUGACUAUCUUCUUAACAGAAAAAGGGUGAACCUAGGAAGAUACAUUUUUCGGAGCAUAAUCAAGCCUUACUCACCAACUACGGGACUUCCUCAUGGUGCUUUAAUUACCAGAUUGGCGAAGAGGAACAAUAUUGAUCUUACCUUCUUUAGGUUCGGAACGGUUCCUGGUGGGACUACAUUUACCAAAGCCUCUUUUGAGAAAAUGGACUGUUUGUUUAGAAAUGGCAUUUGGAUAAAGAAAGGGGAACAAGAAGGGGAUGAAGAAGAAGGUGAUACAGAUCAAGAAAUGGCAGAACAAGGGGCAGAAGAACAUGAAGAUGAUAACCCAAGACCAUUUUGAGCCUCCAUGCAAAGAACUAACCGUGCAACCAUGGAGUUAAUGAUAUCUGAGAUGCAGCAGCUGCACACCGACUUUUAUGGUUUUCGGACAGAAAUGAGAGGGAGAAUGACUAACGUGGAAGGAAAGCUGAUUAACGUGGAAGGAAAGCUUGAUCGGCUUGUUAACCAUUUUUUUUGUCCACCCCCACCUGAUGUCACCUAACUUGAUAUUUCUUUAGUUUGGCUAAUCUUUAGGAUGGACAUCUUAGGGUUAUGCAUUUUAUGUUUUAUUUGACUAUGGAUAUGUCUUGAACCUUUUUAUCUUGUUUUAUGAUUGGAAAUGGCAUCACUUGUGUUAUCAUGCUUUGUGAAUGGUUGUUUAUGAUUUUGAUGAUAAUAUGCUCUUAUUGAGGGGGAGUUUAUUAGUUGAUGAGUGUAUUCAUAACUUUGGUUGUCUAUGGUGUUAUAUUGAUGAUUAUAUUCAUAUUCUUGAUGCUUUAAAGGAAAAAUAGAGCUUUAGCUUUUAGAAAGGUGAAAAAGUGAGUGGAAAGUAAGUAAAAAGGGAGUUUAUGAAAAGUUUGGAUUUAAAACUUUUGAACUUUUACUGUUUAAGAGCUUUUUGAGGUUAAAAAAAUAUUUAAAAGUGUAAGUUUUUAAGAGGAAAAUUUAAAUUCAUGAAACAUGAAUAGUGUCCAGAAGCUGAAGCUCCUAGGAGCCACACCAAACAGGCCCUAAAUCUUUGAGAG